GCGUUCUAUGUAAUUCGUUCAGUGUAUUAAUCUUAAACGAUCAGGACGGGUCGGUGUUACGAACAAUAUAUUAACAUUUAAUAAGCCGUUUAUUUUUGAAGAAUUUUUAAUGCAAUAAAAUGUCAAUUGAAAAUGCAAAUAAUAAAAGUAAUUCCAUUGAAAGUGAAGAUGUAUCAUCCCAAAUGAAACAGGAACUUAAGGAUAGAGCUGAAAGAAACAGACAGAAGGCAUUAUUGUUAAAAAAUUCUAAACUUGUAGCUCAUCCAUAUGCAAAAGGUGAAAGUGAUGAAUCCUCCAAGGGUAGAGCAAUAAAGGUUCAAGGAAAACGUGUUGUUGAUAGCGGAGGUGGAUUUCUUAUAGAAGAAAAUGACGAAUUGGAACAACAAAUGAUAAACAUCGUAACAGAACCUGCACCCUUUAUCAGUUCAUUACCUCAUUGCAAUGAUUGUAAUAAAGAAUUUAAAGAUUCUUAUCUUCUUCAGACUUUUAAUCUAGAAGUAUGUGAUGCAUGCAGGGAUAGUGAGGACAAACAUUCUCUGAUCACCAAAUCAGAAGCUAAACAAGAAUAUUUGUUAAGAGAUUAUGAUUUUGAUAAAAGAGAGCCAGCAUUAAAGUAUAUCGUUAGAAAAAAUCCUCAUAAUCCACGUUGGGGUGAAAUGAAAUUAUAUUUACAUUUACAAAUAGAACAGAGAGCUUUAGAGGUUUGGGGCUCAGAAGAGAAAUUGUUAGAAGAAAAAGAAAAGCGUGAUUUGAAGAAAGAGGAAACGAAAAUAAAACAUUUUAAUAAAAAGAUUAAAAGACUGAGAAUGCAAGUAAGAAGUUCUCUCUACAAUAAAACGACAAAGGCCAAUCACGUUCAUGAAUUUGGAGAGGAAACUUAUAAUGAGACUGAUGAUACGUAUUCCCAUACAUGUUUGUCAUGUGGAUAUGACGAAAUAUAUGAAAAAAUGUAAUGUAUUACUUAUGCUUUUGUUAUUAUGUCAUUAUUAUACUAUUAUUUAUAUCGCAUUAAGAAAUAUGGAAAAGAAACCAAAAAUAUCAACGGUAUCAAACAUUUCUAUAAAAAAAAAAAUUAGUUCUAGUAUCAUUUGUCCUGAAACAAGGAAAUUACAAACAUAAAUAAAUGAAAACAUUAAAGUCUCAAAAUA